AUGGACAAGUACAGUCAGCAGAAACGCGGCGGCGGAGGAGUGCUGGCGGAGGCCUGGUCGCGGGGCCUGCUUCUGACGCUGUAUCGGGCGGCUCGAGUCCUGUCUCUGAUCUCCUUUCGCCUGGACCGGGAAGAGUUGCAGCUGAAGCUCCCAAAGAGUGGCAGCCGAAACAGGAUACUGGAAACUGUCUGGCGCUGCCUGGUCGUUCUGACCUAUGCGGGUGUCUGGCCACAACUCUCCGCGCAUCUGAUCACCGAUCGGCCGGAGAGCUAUGCGGAUAUGUUUGCCUUGAUGCAGUCCUUUUCGGUGUCCAUUUUAGCACUGGUUUCCUUCAUCAUCCAGGCCAAGGGCGAGGACAAGUUCCGGACGGUGCUCAAUCGCUACUUGGCCCUGUAUCGGCGCAUCUGUGCGGUGACCCGCGUGGAUCAGCUCUUUCCCAUGAAGUUCAUAGUGUAUUUCCUGCUCAAGCUGCUGCUCACAAUUGGGGGCUGUGUCCACGAGUUUCCGCCGCUCUUGAAGAACGAGCACUUUGAGGACGCUCGCAACAUGGUGGCCGUGAUCGUGGGGAUCUACAUGUGGCUGGGCACCCUGUUUGUGCUGGAUGCCUGCUUCAUGGGCUUCUUGGUCUCUGGGAUACUGUACGAGCAUAUGGCCUUCAACAUCCUGCUGAUGCUGCAGCGUAUGCAGCCCAUAGAGUGCGAGGAGAAGGCAGUCCGAAUGAGUAAAUACCAGCGGAUGCGACUCCUCUGCGACUAUGCCGACGAGCUGGACGAGUGUGCCUCCAUCUACAGCGAGCUGUACGGGGUGACGAUCGCCUUUCGCCGCAUGUUGCAGUGGCAGAUCCUCUUCUACGUGUACUACAACUUCAUCAGCAUCUGCCUGAUACUCUAUCUGUGCAUUCUGCACUAUCUGAACGCGAACGAGAUUGCUCUGGUCUCCCUGGCAAUGGCCACCAUUAAGCUCUUCAAUCUCAUCCUGCUGAUCAUGUGCGCGGACUAUGCGGUCAGGGAGUCCCAGAAGCCGAAUAGAUUACCCCUCGACAUAGUCUGCACCGAUAUGGAUCAGCGUUGGGACAAGAGUGUGGAAACAUUUCUCAGCCAGCAGCAAACCCAGCGCCUGGAGAUCAAAGUCUUGGGUUUCUUUCAGCUGAACAACGAGUUUAUACUGCUAAUUCUAUCCGCUAUUAUAUCGUAUCUCUUUAUAUUGAUACAGUUUGGCAUUACGGGCGGCUUCGAGGCAUCCGAAGAGGUCCGCAAGCAGUUCAAUUCCAGCAGCCAUCAAAUUCAAGAACUUUUAAAUUAA